AAAUUAUUUGAAAUAACCACUACAGCACCCGUCUCUCUCCUUUCCUCCAUGUCGCUCCCGGUGAUGGUGGCGGUGGCGGCGGCGGCGGCGGUUGCCUCCGGGCCAGAUCCGCUAUUUUCGGGACCAGACCCAGGCAUAGAUGGGCAGAUCCGGGCAGCCUAACACCAGAUCUGGAGGCGCCGCGGCAGCACGGCGCAGCGGGCCGCACGGCAGCCUUGCCGUGGAGGGAGCAGCACUAACGGCCGCCCCUCCCUGCUGAGGCGGCGAGAAGGUGCCGCGUAUGACGCGGCCGACCCGACCCCACGCCUCCACCGCGCGGUGCUCACCCGCCGCCUCGCCGCGGACUAAAUCUCUGCCGCCUCGCCGUGGACCAAAUCUACGUCGACUCGCGUCGGUCCCCGCCUCUCCACCCCCUGCCCAUGGUGCUGCGCGCGGCGGCGACGCGCGACCGCGGCCUGCGGAGACGCGCCUGGUCGCCGGGUGCGGCUGCGGGGCCGCGCGAGGGGGCGGGGCUUGGCAGCGGGGCGCGGCCGUCGGCCCGCGGGGAAGCGCGCGGCAGGGGGCGCGACCGCCUCCGUUUCCCGUCCUCCGCCUCCCACACGGCGCCUCCGGCCGGCAGCUUCCUCUUCCGGCUGGGCCAUUGGGUGCGGCAAGGCGUCCACCAACGGCAGGCGGCGGCCAAUGGCGUCCUUUCGCAGCUCUACCACCGGGGCGUGGAGAUCGAUGCGCUCUUGAGACACGAGAUUGAGAGGAUGUGCGUGGGGCUCCAGCAGGCACGGCGGCGCCGGCACGCGCGCGGUGGUCACCGCCGUCGAGCGCGCCGCGGCGGAGGCCGAGCUGGACCACGCCCGCUGCCGGAACGCCGAGCUGGAGGGCCAAGCGUGGUUGGGCGUGACCCGCGACACGAGAUCGUCGCCGUGGGGCUCCGCGUCACGCUGGACCAGCUCCUCCAGCAGCCCGCUGCGGCGCCCUCAUUGGGGCCGGUGCCGCCGACGGCGACACGGAGGAGGCGCGGUCCUGCUGCUUCGAGACAUCCCCGGCCGCCGCCGGCGCAGCGUCCCGGGACCCGGCGCCGCCCUGCAGGUCCUGCGGCGGCCGUGACGCGUGCGUGCUAAUCCGUGCUAGCACCUGCGGCUGUGCCGCGCGUGCGACCCCUGCUGCAAGCUCGCAUGGGAGCCUCCCACGCGUCACGGCGAGGUCGGCCUCCUCGCGCUGCUCGCCACGUGCUGUUGUGCCUCGUGGAGCUGGACAUCCCGUCGAUGCUCGCCGGCACCAAGUACAUAGGCAUGCUGGAGGAGCGCGUGACGGGCGUGCUCCGGGAGGCGGAGGUGGCCGAGCCCGGGAAGGGGGACGGUGGUGCUGUUCGUCGAUGCUGUUAGAUAUCUAGGCAAUUUUCGGUAUAUUUUAAUUCUAAAUAUUAAUAUCAAUUUCAU